AUGCAAACAUUUGCAAACCAAUCUUCUGUAAGUUUAAAGCUAAUUAGUGAAUAGCCUUGCCUCAACUCCAUUGAUUUAUUUAAUUGUUUAAAUGGGGUUAUUUUUCGCAGCGCCGUUUUCGAAUUUCAAAAAACCCGCUUUGUGACGGUUGGGGCCCUCUCCUGGCUCCGUACAUAACGGUAGGACACUACUUUCUUGGUUUAUAUAGUAUUCUCGAGUUCAAUUUCAAUAAUCUUUUACCCGCUUGGAUUAUAUACUCAUACACUGCCUGAACUUGUAUCCGUCGUAUCAGAUAAUUUUGGAGUUAAAUUAUGCGUCCCGAUAGCACAGUAAAUGAUUGACCGUGAAAUAGCAGCAUGAUACUUAGUGGUUAGCAUUUUGCUAGUCAAGUGACUAGGUUAUUAAGUACAACCCGUGCUAGUCGCUCUGUUUUGCUGGCACGAUGAAUUUUCCCAAGUGGUUCUCAUGCGAGCAAUGCGGAUAUCCAAAGGACUCAGCAGCCUAUUCUGUUGGCCAGGUUUAGUUAUGAGACCGUACAAUACACGUGCAGUUCGCCUACACCCAAUGCGCCCUGUACACUUCGAACAAUCGGUGUGUACAUGAAUCCGUGAAACUUGCGACGCCCAAAGAUGUAUGUGACAUGACGAGCGUGAGUCGGCUGGUUUCUUCCCACCAAGGAGUCACGCAAAACAGCCAUUUGCACAACAGUCCCAAAGCUACUUAGCGGCAAAAUAUGAAGUGAUAAUUUUCCAGUGUGAUAGCAUCAGAGGGUUGCCACCUUUUUUAAUCUUCGUAGUUUACCGAUUUUUCUGGAGUAUGAGUAGAAAGAAUAAUUAUUUUUCUUGGCGGAAAUUUGACUGUGGAUGAAUCACCCUUGUUGGUGUUGGUCUGUUAGUAUAUAGUGCUUUAAACUCGACCCACCUGGACAAGUUUCGAUUUAAGCUUAAGGGACGCGUUAGGUUUUAUUCUUUCUCUCCCUUAGGUUAAUUUAUUCGCCCGCCUAAUUGUGUGGCUAUCGUGACACAUCUGUCUGGGGUUUCAAGACUUUGCAGUUCGAUGAGCGGUGACUGCUUAAAGUUCUUCACUUUGGGUCAUAAGAAGGAGGCCAUUCAAGUAAGAGUACGUGUGCUCCAAGCGUUGUUUCAACCAGAUAUUCACCCAGCGUAAAAAUCUUAUGAAGAAGACUCCCUGUAUAUUGGAGAUUGUAGUCUAUCCUCGAUUUCGCUGCAACUGCACAUUGGAACGUGGAAAUCCACCGCCAAUCUAAGAAACUACUUGCAGUUAAUGCAUUAGCAAAUGGUUCACUCGCAUCCGCAAGCUGAAGAGGAGCUCUUUCGCUAUGUCAUCCCAGAAUCCUUCUGAACUUAGAUCCUCACCAUCACGCGUCCUCACAACGCGUCGACGCAUCUUUCUAGGCCAGCCAUGCGGCAGAGUCUGCCUCCGAUUGUCUUCGGUGGCCGGGCACGGGGUGCCAUAUGGACAAAAAUCUUCACGCGCCCAGCCAACGAUCACAGUACAUGAACUCUACUUCUUUGAUGUUGUAAACUCCGGAGCCGGCCAAUUUCUGCUCGUACUUGCGACCUAGUGCAAAAUUAUGAUUUUUACCUGCCUCAUGUCCACAUCACAGAUUACUGCCUUCAACAUCACUCGAGCAAAUUCGGUCAGUUGAUAUGCCAGAACCGCAUUACAAGGUUGCGUUCUAAUUAGACUUUUAACGAGGCCAACCAUGUUCUCAGCUGGUCACCUUGAUAUCGUCGCCAACCAGUGCUGGGCCCAGUAGAGAUGAAUUUCCCGACAAGUGCAGUACAUGACCCAGCUAUCUCAGUCAACUAGUAGGGGUGCGAUUGACUGUCUUCCUGAAUAACUAUACGGUCGUUUAAAGCACAGAAGCCGUUAGGAAGAAUGAUACGACCCAUUACAUUCAGGCACGUAUUAUAUUGUGAGCGUACAUGCCAUGUUUUACAUCUAAAGAAAUUGUCCCCGUGGCGGGUGCCUCGUUUACCCUCAACUUGGUCUACUGACUUAUCGUACACGGGCUUAAGAGUUCUUAUCCACCUGGAUGGUCUGUCGUUCAAGCCGUCUAAAUCAGUGUGACAACAAUUUUCACAAAGAGUUACUGUAUAGUGCAUGGUUUACCCACUCAGAGAAAGGGGUUGACACCAUGUCAGCCUUCAGUCUCGUAGAUGGCUUUAUUAGAGGAAAAGGUCAGAAUUUGCGUCUGGUGUCUUGAUUUCCCGCUAGGCCAAUUGUAUUCGAAAUUCCUUCCCUCAACAGACCACUCGUGGCAGCUAGCCGGCUUCAGUUGACCGGGCGACCCACGUACGGCGACAGUAGCUCAGUUUAUGUUCCAUUACCGAGAAUAAUACCCGCCAUCACGCAACAAAUAUGCAUGUGGCACUUGUUGUAACUACAUUGUCGGAUCCCCUGUCACAGCAUUCGGUCUGAGGGUCGGUUCCUAAUAAACCACAUCGCCUGGCCUACUGCUUAUCCUCACCACUUUACAUAGUUGCUGAGUUUACAUGAGUUUCAUCAACGUCAGAUGAGUCACACAUCAAUCGGCAUAUCGAUUUAGAUUCCACUUACGAAAUCCUCACAAGUUCAUCCACUCCCGAAAGGAUGACGAGAUGCACCUAACGCUUAUUGGCGCAGACGUCGGCCAGCCGUAGGAUCCUUUGUCAGACACGGUUAAUUAGUUAAUUAUUUUUGCACACCAUCCGUGGUCCGACGACGAGUCGGAGGACUAGCCUCGAAUACUUACACAAUGAAAGUUAUUUUUUUCCCAAACAAUUUCAUCACAUACUAAAUAUAUCCAUUUAUAUAUUAGAAGGAUGGAAUUCUUUGGGAGACAGUAAACUCUAUUGUGUAAAUUUUCGAGACUAGUUCCCUAGCUCGUCUUCAGACCAUGGGAGUGCAAAAACAACUAACUUCUAAACUGAGUCUGGAAAACGAUCCCAUGAUUGGGCAAAGUCUGAGCGAAUGCGUGCUGAUUGCAAUUUGUCAUCUUCUCGGGAUUGGUUAUGCCACUUGGAGUUUGUCUUUAACGAUUUUUUAUGUGACAUCUAGAUCGAUGUGCCGGUUGAUGCAUGCCUCAUCUGAGUGCAUUGUUUCCAGGAAUUCGCAGCCUUUCUUUUUGCGCAGGCAUCAAAAAAUGCGAGUGUUCUCCCAUGCAAAAUUGUGUCCAAUGCCCAGUGUGUGCAUGGCCACCUGGGACAGAUGGUCGCGUCUAUUCACCGUUAACUUGUGCUCAUGUGUACGGGUUGAGACGAUUUUCCCAGUUUGACCACAAUAGACGGCAUCACAACUGGAACAUGGGAUUUUGUGGACACCUUUUCUUUCGAGGUAGCCGACCUUGUCCUUAAGGUGUACAGGCUGUGCGCGCAAGGUAGUUGUCGGCUGGUGUGCUACGAGUAUCUAGUGUUUUUUUUAUUUGUCUUUUGACUAGUUUAGAUACAUUUUUCACAUUUGGGAGAGUUAGUCAGGUGGUUGGUUUUGUUGCCCGAGCGGCCGUAGCACUGGAAGUACCUUUUCCCUAGGAUUGCUGGUGUCUCAUGCAUUGACGUAUAAAGUCAUGUGGGUGCCCAUUUUAGGCGCAUAGUUUGUAGAGGUAUUUCAUUUCUGCCUGAUAACUUGUUUCGUCGGAGCAGUGAGUUCUGGCUCGAUUCAGAAGACUGUAGACUGUACUCCGUUUGUGGGAGACACGGUGGUUACUCUCAAAGUGUAGGGUGACCUCUGAAUAUGCCUCUCCGAUAAACUGAUGUAUGAAGUGAUCCAUCGGUUUGUCGACUUACAAGGACAUCCAGAAAUGGGAGUUGUCCGUCAACCCCGGUUUCGAAGUUAAACUUGAUAUAUGCACAUAGUAGAAGGACGCUCGCCGAUGCCGUUACGGGAUUUACUCGUUCCGAUGAGCUUUGGGGCUCAAUUUUGAGCUACACAGUGGCUGGUAGUAUAUCCAGAAUAGCAUCGUCGACAAAGACGAGGACGACUGGAAUGUUCGUUUCUGGCGUAUUAGCCGCCAUCAGCCGCUCUUGCCCAUCCCGUUUUUCACAACCCCUUAGGUUCGGACCCGCGUUCUGUUGGUCAGGAGUCUAACGUCCUAACCGUUGAGCCACAGGUGUUCACCGAUGGAGUAAGGAGAAGUGCUCGCCCUCCUGCGCCUUGGAGUUCAACCUAAAGCCCACGUAGGCAAUUACAUAGCAAAUGGUAAUCAUGGGGAAAGGAAUACCGAAGAAGACGAGGGAGACCGUGACGACCAUUUCAGGUACUCCCGUUCCAAAUAUAUUACUGGUCUCUGCGAGGGCUCUAGAUGGAGUCUCAGGACACAAUAGAACGUGCACUUCUUUUAGCUUCAUCAGGGCACGCUCUUUCUACUAUAUAUUUGGAAAGACUGUCGACAUCACGUGUAGCACUCAUUUGGGGAAACAGUAUGCUGGGUUCCUUUUUAUUAGAAAUUAAUGCUGCACGGUGUCACAAUACUUACUGCCUUAGCUCCCAUAUUACACGCCUCGUCUGUUGCUUUUCAGGAUUGCCCCUCCACCAGGUUGUCUUUCAAAAUUAUGGCUGAUACCGAGGCUGGCAACCCCAUGCGCUCUACCUCAGCUUACUCUUCUGACACGCUCGCCGGUGAUUCAGACGGGAGGAGGAUUGUUUGUCCGUUUUGUUCGCUCUCCGUCGACAGCGACUCAGACUUCAUGCGGCAUGUGGGCAACGAACACGAGGAAUCGCUGUUUGCCUCAUGCAAGACCUGCGACCAGUGCUUUACUGUCAGUGAGAUUGCAGCCCAUGUGCAGACCUGCAAGGGUUCUUUUGUCUGUCUUUACUGUAGACAGACAUUUGCUCUUCCAGCCUACCUGAAGCGUCACAUUAGACGCAAACAUUCCGUCACAACUAGGUAUCCUUGCAAGUUCUGUGACAAGACCUACUCCUCCAGUCACUCACUGAAUGGACAUAUCCAGACACACUUAAGUAAGCUGACCGCUGUCGUACCUUUUAAUGAUUCUUUUGCCUAGAACAUCGCUCAAAGUUAUGCAAUAUGUGUGGUGCGUCGCUGGUGUUUGAAAGUGAUUUCCAUCUGGGAGCCAGCGAGGAUUCUGUUGAGGUCGAGGGUCCCGUGUGUCAUGCUUGUGGACACAGAAACAAGCAGCUAGCCAGCCGAAAACGCAAUGGUUUGCCCAUUGGCUUUAUCACUAUUGGCUGUUUUGAAUCACCAGGAAGCAGUUGCACAGAGUCGGACUCCUCUUGUUCAUCUGGUGGUGGCGGCGGCGGUGGGGUGAAAAAUUGUCCGAAAGACAUCCUGGACUACUCUCAGUCCGAAGUGGCUUCAAUUUUCCAUCAGGCCGCAAAACUGCCGCCAUACAACUGCCCCUAUUGCCAGAGGAUGUACGUCUCACUAACGUGCUUUCGAAAGCAUAUUGCUUCACAUGCGCCAUCUCUUAAUCCAAGAUCACAAAAUCCGUUGUCAUCAGAGAGCGGACCCGAUUUUGAGGAUCAGUUGACAGCCGAACUUUGUGAUCUGUUCACAGAGCAGGCAAGAUUGUCUUCUUUUUGCUAACAAUGUCUUUUAUCAUAGGAAUGGAUGGACUUGGAGUCCUAUCCAGACUUGCCGUCUCCAAAUCUGGGCUUUCUUCAGUCAAUCUUCUGCGAGGGGAAAUCCGCUGAUCUUCUCUAG